AGGAGCUGCUGCAAUCCCAGGCUAGCGCAGCCGAUGCUGCCGCUGAUACAGUUGGAGACGCCAGGAGCGCUCCCCACCCCCAUCGCCCGGCCCUGCCCACAAGCAUGGCGGCUCCCUGCGCGGCUUCACCUCGCCCAGGACAGCGCGAGUCGCUUGCCAGUAGUUGGCACUUCCUAUGCUCGGCGGUUUCCUGCAGGGCUGGCAUUUAAACCCAGCCGCACAGGCUGGGGCAUGCCGCCGUGCUCGCUGCUACCGCUGUCGCCGAACUGUCCGCAGGCGCCGAGCUGAGCAGAGCCUGAGCCGGCUGCACCGGGGGCUCCUCCUGUUGAGACCUGGACUGAGCCGUCUCCUGGGCAUCGCGGGACACACGCCACUCCCCGGGCGUCUGCGAGGCGCGCGGAGAACCGGGGCGGGGGUGAAUUCUAACCUAGCGCUUCAUUGCAGCUUCAGCCCGAGCCCACUGAACGGGCGGCGGCGGGGGAGGAGGGUGGAAGGGGAAGGAGCUUAUUUGACAUUCUAAUUGCAGAUAUGACUUUUAUUGCUAAGACUAAAUAGCGCUUGGGUCCUUCAGGUCACAGAUUCUCCACCUUCCUCCCCACGCAGUUUAGCUGGAUGAAGAAGGCACUACGGUUGCACCCAGGAGAAGGGGAGAGCACAUUCCAGGUUGGCCCUCCCUGCAUGGCAAAGGAGCAGAUAGGUCCGUUUACUGCCUGUAGCCAGUGUCCUCUUCUGCCUGUGCAUUAGACAGGAUGAUGGUGAGCCACAACGCACAGUGAGAUAAAGGGUGCCUGUGUGCGUGUGUGGGAGCCCUGGGGUGUACCUGCCUCGGGUGGAUGUGUGGGUUGUUUUUUUUUUCUUCUCACCAUUAUAAUUGUAAAAUAAACUGGACCAACUUUUGCUAGCAGUCUCCGUGUUUAGAAAAAGCAGAUCUGAGAGAGUUGGGGGCUGGGCAGGUGCUCUCUCUUCCUGUCUGUUUCUGAGACUAGGAGAGAGAGAGAACAGGCACCUGGGAGAGGCCCUAGAAUAGCUUUAGACUGCUGGGACACCCUCAGCCGAGAUGUUCAGUUGGCUUGGUCAUGACGACCGAAGAAGGAAGGACCCGGAGGUGUUCCAGACUGUGAGUGAGGGGCUCAAGAAACUCUACAAGACCAAGCUGCUCCCUUUGGAAGAGCAUUACAGGUUUCACGAGUUCCACUCCCCUGCCCUGGAAGAUGCCGACUUUGACAAUAAACCCAUGGUGCUCCUCGUGGGGCAGUAUUCCACCGGGAAGACAACCUUCAUCAGGUACUUACUGGAACAGGACUUCCCAGGCAUGAGAAUAGGGCCUGAGCCCACCACCGAUUCAUUCAUCGCGGUGAUGCAAGGAGACGUGGAAGGAAUUAUUCCAGGGAAUGCACUGGUGGUCGACCCGAAGAAACCCUUCAGGAAACUCAAUGCUUUUGGGAAUGCCUUCUUGAACAGAUUCGUGUGUGCCCAGUUGCCCAACCCAGUGCUAGAAAGCAUCAGUGUCAUUGACACGCCGGGGAUCCUGUCUGGGGAGAAACAAAGAAUUAGCCGAGGUUAUGACUUUGCUGCUGUCUUGGAAUGGUUCGCGGAGCGUGUGGACCGCAUCAUCCUGCUCUUUGAUGCCCACAAACUGGACAUCUCUGACGAGUUCUCCGAAGUCAUCAAAGCCCUGAAGAACCACGAAGACAAGAUGCGAGUGGUGUUGAACAAGGCUGACCAGAUUGAGACACAGCAGCUAAUGAGAGUAUAUGGGGCCCUCAUGUGGUCUCUGGGAAAAAUUGUUAACACCCCUGAAGUAAUCCGGGUCUACAUUGGCUCCUUUUGGUCCCAUCCCCUGCUCAUCCCAGACAACCGCAAGCUCUUUGAGGCUGAAGAGCAGGACCUCUUCAGAGACAUCCAGAGCCUACCCAGGAACGCAGCCCUUCGGAAACUCAAUGACCUCAUCAAGAGGGCACGACUGGCCAAGGUCCAUGCCUAUAUCAUCAGCUCUCUAAAGAAGGAGAUGCCAUCUGUGUUUGGGAAAGACAACAAGAAGAAAGAGCUAGUGAACAACCUGGGAGAGAUUUAUGGACGGAUCGAGCGGGAGCACCAGAUCUCACCUGGGGACUUCCCCAACCUGAAGAAGAUGCAGGACCAGCUACAGGCCCACGACUUUACCAAAUUUCAGCCCCUGAAGAACAAACUGCUAGAGGUGGUGGAAGACAUGCUGGCUCAUGACAUUGCCCAGCUUAUGGUGCUGGUGCGUCAGGAGGAGACCCAGCGGCCGGUCCAGAUGGUGAAGGGAGGGGCUUUUGAGGGCACCUUACAUGGCCCCUUUGGACACGGCUAUGGGGAAGGAGCCGGCGAGGGCAUUGAUGAUGCCGAAUGGGUGGUGGCCAGGGACAAGCCUAUGUAUGACGAGAUCUUCUAUACCCUCUCCCCAGUGGAUGGCAAAAUCACCGGGGCCAAUGCGAAGAAGGAAAUGGUGCGUUCCAAGCUGCCCAACACCGUGCUGGGCAAGAUCUGGAAGCUGGCAGACAUUGACAAAGAUGGAAUGCUGGAUGACGAGGAGUUUGCCCUGGCCAACCACCUCAUCAAAGUCAAGUUGGAAGGGCACGAGCUGCCCAACGAGCUGCCCUCCCACCUCCUGCCCCCUUCCAAGAGGAAAAUGGCGGAAUGAAGGAGAAUUUUCUAAGCAGGCAUGAGUUAGAGUGAAAGAUAAGAAAUGUGACAAGAUAAAAACACACAUAUACACAUAAAUUUAAAGAACUGCACCUUUAAGUACGGGUGACCACUUUUAUCAAGAUAGCUAGAAUCUGACUAGUUUGGAGAGGUGAAUGAGCUCCCCAGUGUUGCUGAGAACUCAUCCAGAGCACCCAGAUAAGAUAAUUCAAGGACCUCUAACCCUAUAACUCUAGGUAGGUAUCCCUACCCCCUUUUUCUUUCUACUUUGUCCCCAAGUCCCUUCUGCCUCUAUAACCCUUAGAUUCAUACUUCUAUAGACGUAGUCACCCUAAUUUAAAGGUGCAGUCACCCAGAGGUGGCAUUCCAAUUCUUGGCUGAUUUCUGUUAUUCCCAACCAAGAAUCUGAGUAGACAAGAAAAGCUUUUAUCAUAAUAGGCAAUUAACUUUUUUUCUGUGUAUUUUUAAUUUGGCUUUUUCAUAUGAAAUUUGCCCAGGCAGAGUAGGAAAUAUGAGAGAAAGGAGGGGAGCAGAUGAUAUCCUUCAAGCCUCUGUUUCUCAGGAUGAAGGAGGAGACCAGUGUGUUGACCUCAGGUGUAAUUUACUAGAGGAUUUGUUCUACUGAUUACGCUAUGGACUCAUUUAACCAAUCAUUUGUUUAGAGAGAUCUCAAGGUAGGAAAAGGGGGUAGAAAGAUGGAGAGGAAACAAAGCUGUAUAUCAGAAUUUGCACAGUGAUCGUCAAAGGCAAGAGGAUUAUAUUGAACAGAUAUAGUAACAAUAAAUGCACGUGUGGCAUACACCCACUCUGCAGUUCAGGUAUCUGGAACCCAGUCGGUCAAAGAGGACCAGGUGUAGAACUGUUACCUUUUCUCCCUGAUCUUAAAGCGUGGAAGACACCUUGCAAGACACCUACUUUACUCACAUCCUGCCUCUUGCUAGAACUUGCUGACUAAGGAGGAGAAGGUGGAUAAUCAACAUGCCCAUCUGACAAGUGGGAUUGAAGAAUCUAACUGCUCUUCAAAAUCUGGGACUUCUCUUGGACCCACAUUAUGGAAACUCAACAGAGUCACUGGCAGGAAAUGGGAUAGACAAACUGAUUAUCAUUCAAUAUUCUUACAUCCUCACUCCUUGCCUCCAGUAACUUUCUUACCUGCACCCAGACCAUAGCCCUUUUACAUUGUGGCCAACUGACCAUUGUCAGGAAAUCUCUCCAUCCUGAGUCUACACCCUGCUGGGACUCUCAUUGACGACUCUCCAUCCCCUUCAUGCAUCCACAUUGCUCAUCUCCCUCCUCCAUUUUGCUUUUUGGUCAUUGGUAUCCUAUUGUCAUUCCACAUGCUGUGCUCAUACUAUGAUGGGAGAUAAACCCCAGAUGAGUCUAAUUUAUUUUAUGUCUCUGUUAAUGUGCUAUAGAGAAAUAUUACAUGUAUCUAGAAUGCACUUAUUCUUGCAUUGCAUAUUGUCAACUGUCCCCAUACUAAUACAGUGCAUUAACCCUUUGGUACCCUUGGUCCCAGAGCAUCAUUCAAAUGGGAAAAUGGGGGAAUGGUGAAGUAGAAAGGCCAGGGCUCUUUGAGGAUGUCCUCUUAUAGAAAGCAGCCCACUUGACUCUACCCUAAGUCCACAGAAAAAUACGCUGAAUAUACACUGGUAUAUCUGCUUCAAAAGUCCCAGUGGUUCAUCCUGGACCAAGCUUUAAAAGCCACAUAUGGAUCAUAUGCUCCCACAUCUGAAAGGCAAAGUCCUCAAAGCUGAAAGUUUUUUUCUAUAUCAUACAAUUCCUUUAUUUUGUCUAAAACAAAGGAGGAGGUUCCCUUUUCAUAGGAUUUAUUUCAUAAACAAGGAAAGUAGGGUCCAGUAAGGCUAAGUCCUAGAGUACUCAGUUGCCUAAAGUUGAAUGCCCUGGCUCUGCCACAGCUGUGUGACAUCAGGCAAAUGGCUUAACCCCUCUGGGCAUCAGUUUCCUUGUAUAAAAUGAGAAGGUUGUACUAGACCAGAAAUGUCAAAAACAUUCACUGUGUCUAGCAACACUGUGCCGUGCUCUGCCCAAACCACAUUAAAAUGUAAAUGGGGAAUAACAAAAUAAAAAUACAAUAGAACAUAGAUAAUGUUAACAUAUGAUGUUCUAAGUCAUUAUGCAGCCCACAGGGAUCCUUUAGUGGCCCCUGUUUCUAACUGAGCUUGAUAACUCCUGCACUAGAUAAUUGCAGAGUUGCCUUCCCGCUCUAAAUCUAUGCUUCUGAGAAAACUAGAGUAGGUCAACACAAGUCCCAUCCAUAGAAUGCAGUAUAACUGAACAAAAGGUAUUGGACCUGGAGACCUGGGGUCAAGUCUUGACUCUGUUCUUAAAUAGCUGGCUGACCUUGGUCAAGUCUCUUUAAACUUCUGGCCUCUGGUUUCCUUGUUUGUAAAAUAAAAGUGGGAAUAGAUGGUCCUUAAGGACUUCCAGUACUAAUGAUCUAAGAUGAAGGGGAUACAUUCCUGAGAGGACCAGUGUUCUUUAAGGAGGAAUGGGAAAGAGAAGGGAAGUGGAGGGGGAGGGGGAGAAAUGACAUCUUUUCAAAGACUAAGGGUGUCUGUCUGUAACCUUUGCCCCUACAUAUUCAGCUACAUGAAACCUUAAUGACAUCUACCCUCUUUCCCCUUUGUGCUUUGUUGUGGUCAUUUUUUUUCCCUCUCCCUUUUUCUUCAAAAGAGCUUUGCUGGAGGAAAACAUGAAAAUUUUACUUAGAGGGGAAAAAAAUUCAAGACACAGGCUUUCUACUCAAUCCACUCUUUUGUUUGUUUGUUUUGUUUUGGAAUUAAAUCAGAAUUUAAAAAUGCAUGUGGUGAAAGAGCAGCUGGGGCCCCUCAGGGUGGGUUAAGAGUCAGAGAAUUCUCUGGGUGGGAGCACUUCCCUUUGGGAGGAUGCUACAGUGUGUGAAUUAUUUGUAUGAAGAAACUGACUCAGCCCGAAGAAAAGAUAAGACUAGAUUUGUAGCCCAGCAUUCUAGAAGAGAGCCCUCCAAAACCCUGCUAGCCUGUCCAGUUGCUUCCCCAAACUUCUCCAUAAGACUACCAAACAUUGACAUCCCUUCACUGCUCACACAUUGAGAGUCCAUCUUGAGCACAGAUUCUAAUUCAAUAAAAUCUGAUUAAAUAAA